AUCAUACUCCCAGGCAAUCAUCUCUUUCUUCUCCUCCUCGAACUAAAAUAGUGAGAGAGUGAGAGUGAGUGAGUGAGUGUGUGUGAGAGAGAGAGAGAGAGAGAGGCAAAAUGUUUGAGACACUGACUCCGGCCACCAAUAACGACGACUGCAUUAAGCUUAAUUUUCCUGGUAACCAGAAUCAGAAUCAGAACAAUACUUCUCAAGAAGACACGGAUCGCAUAUCUGAGUUAAAUGUGAUUCAGAUUCAAAGCGACAUUCAUGAUGAACUCGAGAAUGACCAAAAUGCCACAGUAGGUGUCAAUCAGGAGAACAGUAUAGUUCUAUGCAGAACGACGAGCGAAAGCAACGACAAUCAGGAGGACAAUACAAUUCCAGACAAGAUGAACGAAAAUAUCAAAGUCGCAAUAAUAGCUGCGUUGGUGGGAUUUGCUGGCAUAAUAGCAGCCGCUCUAUUUGCAGCUCUUUGCACUUUAGAAAACCAACAUGUUGGGAGUAAAAAGCUCAUACUCAAAUUUCAAGAUAUAUUGGACCCUAACAAAUGGCCAUCUCAUUUCUUAUUGAUCGUAUCAUUGACAAUUGGAUUUACAGUGAGUCUGGUGGUGGCAGUUGUUUCAAUAUGGAGAAUGAUCGUGGAAAGGUCAUUUUGUUACCGGGCUCUUGUGUUUGUUGCUGUGUGUGCAUUCUUUUCCGUUUAUGGUUUUAUGUUGAAGGAAAAGGUGCCAAACUUCACCUUCGUUAACAUUCCAGGGUAUUGGGUGGUGUGGCUACUUGGCUGUUCUUUGGUCCUCUUGGCAAUUGCAACAUUGGCUGUGAUAUUGGAGAUAGCACACCGAAUUAGAACCAGCGUUUCUUCUCUUGGAGUGAAGUUUGGUUCAAUCCAGAUCCAACUGGACUGAAUGAAAUGGAUUUCUCCUUAGACCCUGCGUUUCCCCUCUUGUUUUCUUGUUUUAUGAUUUUUUGUUUUUUUUUAUGUUGUGUUUGGUUGGGGGAUUUGGGAAGAGAUUUGGAAAAGAAAAGGGAAAAGGUGUGUGAAACUAGGUGAAAUAUAUACAUUUUAUUCAUAUUUUACCUAACUUUUUCCUUUCCUCAUCCCUUUUCAAAUUUCUCCUCAAAUCUUUCAACCAAACACAGUGUUAAUAUUACUGAUAGAUUUGCUAAGUGAAAUAUGUAUCUCUUUUAUAUAUCUUCAUUUAAUGUAUAAUGGCUUCUAUAGACAACAAUUAUGAAAAUGACCGAAAGUGGCCGAAAGGUACACUAUCUUAAAGCAUAA